CCCUUCUCUUUGUUUUUAUUAUAUAAAUACCUAUUUCUUCUUCAUUAUUGUUCUUACUAAACAAGAUUUUCGUUACCUGUUACAGUUCAAGCACAUUCAAGACAUGGAUUUUAGACUUGUUCAGUUUCUCACAAUAUUUCUAUUGCAUCUUUUUCUAUAUUCAGGUGCAAGUAUUUCCAGGAAACCUCCCCUCCGAGAAGUCAAUCAGAGAAAACAAUGCAACCAAGAAUCGAGGUUGCUCCUAGACCCUUCAAUAUCCACUACACUACUAGAUAAUGUUCCCAUCGUUAACCCUACACCUACAACUCCAGGAACAACUCCAAACCCGACAUCCCCGUCAACAGAGCCGAUCACCAACCCGACUACCCCGAUCACGCCUCCAACAGCACCGGUCACAAAUCCAACAACACCGACCACAACUCCAACAGCACCGGUCACAAAUCCAACAACACCACCCACAACUCCGACAACCCAAAACCCAACUCCUACGACAUCAUCAGGAGGUUCCUGGUGUAUUGCAAAUCAAGGUGCUUCAUCAACUGCUCUGCAGGUAGCUCUAGACUAUGCCUGCGGAUACGGCGGUGCGGACUGCUCAGCGAUUCAACCUGGAGGAAGUUGCUAUGAACCCAGCACGGUUCAGAAUCACGCUUCUUAUGCUUUCAAUGAUUACUACCAGAAACACCCUGAUCCAACCAGCUGUGUUUUUGGAGGCACUGCUCAGCUUACAAAUACAGACCCAAGCAAUGGGAACUGUCAUUAUGCAGCAUCCUCGCCAACAAGUGUGACUCCGCCUGCCAGCAUAACACCACCGGCCACCCUACCGCCACCGGAUACCAUGACUCCCCCCUUUGGGAUGAGCCCACCUUUCACCGGGCCGGGAGGGGUGUAUGGUUCAGCAGAACCAACAGGACUCCCAAGCUCAGCCAGCUCUAUGCCAUUCAGCUACGUGCUGAUCUUUACCACAAUGUCACUUCUUGUUGCAUACAAACUCUGGACAUAAGGGAAGCAGCUUUCAGUUACUUUUUUCCGACGACACGAUUGCACCUUCUUUGGCUCUCCAACUGAGUUUCAGAAACUUUCAGCAAGCUUGGGAAUCAACAAUGACAUCCAUG